AUGUCAGAGUAUACAUCAAGCUUCCCCUGCAGAGCAUCCAAUGGUUCGCUUGAUCAUGUGCAUGCGACAACAAAGGAUGGCAGAAGGCUGCGCACAAAACAAUAUAUCAGACGCCUAGUAAUUGGGCUACUGUGUCAGUUUCGUAAUGCUUCCUCACGGCGGUGUGCCUGUCACCCUAUCCUGCCCGUGGAUUUACAGAUGCUGGUGGAGUAUUGCUUUGGUGUUGGGACCUCGAUUGAGGUGGUUAUUUACUUCCGGAGGGUAUUGCUUUUUGCCAAUCAUCAUUUCCAAUUUAAAUGGAUAGUGGUCUUCGCUGUUGGGUGUGUGACUUUGAGUAUGAUCGAUUCCAGCAUUUUAUGUCGGUUGUCGCGUGUUGUAUAUGCUAGUUUCUCACCAGAUCAACUUCCUAGUAACUCUAAUUCGUCAUUGGGACCUCCUUCUUCGACAGAAAAACCAAGAACUCAAAGCCAUGAAUUAGUCGACACUAUUGUUGAUGCUCACGAACUGACUGCACAAGUGAGGCACUUGAAGCCUUUGUUGCAAACGCAGGUGAAGUACGUCCACACACCUCUGAUUCAGGUAGUAGUGCGUAAAACACCGUAA